GUAGAUGGGAUAUUAUGUAUUGUAAACCAGAUUAGGAUGAAUAUAAAUAAAUGUAAAUAUUAGAUAAGGUAUAAAGUGGAAUCUAAAUAAAUAUAUAGUGGUGGGGGAUCAUACGAUUAAGAAGGAAAUCAAAUAAAGAUAGGAAAGUGGAUAGAAUUGGUUGAAGGAUUUUAUUGUGAAAAAUAAGUGUAUUAUAAAGGUGAAUAUAAUAUGAAUGGUAUGAAGGUAGGUAGAUGGGAUAUUAUGUUUUGUAAAUAUAGAGAAACGAAAUAUCAAAUAAUGUAAAUAUUAUCAAGUAUAAAGCGGAAUAUAUGUAUUUAUUUAGUGCUGGUGGAUCAUAUGAUUUAGAAGGAAAUUAGAAAAAGUUUGGAUAGUGGGUAGAAUUGGUUGAAGAGUUUUAUUGUAAAAGAUUAGCCUAUUAUAAAGGUGAAUAUAAUCUGAAAGGUAUGAAGAUAGGUAGAUGGGAUAUUAUGUAUUGUAAACCAGAUUA